UCGCAUUCAUAACUGAGGUGACUUUACACAGUGCGUACCGUGUCAUUGGACUGUUAUAUUUUAUUCUGAUAUAAAUCAAUUUAAUUAAUAUUACGCUUUCAAAAUUAGAAUAGUUUAAGUGUUUACAAGAACUGUUAUUUUCUGCUAUUUUAAUAAUUAUUGUUUUUGUGUAUAAGGAAAAAUGUAUUUUCUGCACAUAAUAACACUGCUGUGCUUAAUCAACGUGGCAGUGUGUCUCGUGGACAAUGACCUCUACACCUCGAGCAGGCGCGGAGGUGGUUACGGGUUGUUGAAACCCGGUUACGAAGGCUCCGGAGGCUAUGGAGGGGGGUACGGCGGAGGGUACGGCAGUCCCGGCUACGGGGGCAACUAUCCUGGUCAAUCUCAGACUGGUUACGGAGGCGGAUAUAACGGAUAUCCGGGCGGAUAUGGCGGAUAUGGACAGAACAAUGCCGGAUACGGAGGUUAUCGCCCCGGCUACGACAACCGUCCUGGGUACAACUAUCCUGGAUCAGCCGGUUACCCGGGAUCUGUAGGUUACCCUGGAUCCACCGGUUACCCUGGAUCUACCAGUUACCCCGGAUCAAUUGGUUACCCUAGCUCAGCGGGAUACCCGGGCUACAGGCCCAGUUACCAAAGACCCGGCUACGACAGACCCUACGGCAACAAUUACGGUGGCUACAGCGGUUUUGGUGACAGCUUUAGAUCUCUAAAUGCAAGAGCGGGGGACUCCAAAAAACCUCUCUAAAAGUUUAUUUUAAGUUUGUAUAAGAUUUGUAAAAAAAAUAUGACUUCUCUGUUAAUUUUUGUAGAAUUAUAUUAA